AUGGAAAAUGAAUGUUUAUCACAACUUUCUUAUGAUUUUGGAAAACUUUUUGAGAAUGGAGAAAAUUAUGAUACGAUAAUUCAAACUGGUAAUGGGAAUAAUAGAAAAGAAAUUAAGGUACAUUCGCUUAUUUUAUAUGCUCGUUCUUCAUAUUUUCGUACGGCACUUUCAAAAAAUUGGGUUAACAGAGAAGGAGGGAUUAUUAAAUUUAAAAAACCAAAUAUUUCACCAAAAAUUUUCAACUAUAUAUUAAAAUAUUUAUAUACAGGAAAACUUGAUUUUAAUGGUUAUAAACCUAUAGAUUUGAUUUUAAUUUUAGUCGCAGCCGAUGAAAUGAAUAUUACAGGAAUCGUAAAAUACUUAUUACAAUAUUUAGUUGAUAAUCAUCAAAAUAUUUUACAAAAUGAUCCCGUAAAUAUAUUACAGAAUAUAUUACAUCAUGAAGUAUGUUCACAAUUAAGAGAAUAUUGUCUUGAUUAUAUUUGUGAGAGACCAAAUUUAUUAUUUAAUUCGGAAAAGUAUUUAUCUUUAGAUAAAAGUUUACUCUUGGCUUUAUUGGAUAGAAAAGAUUUAUUCAUGGAUGAAAUUGAAGUUUGGAAUUAUUUAAUUAAAUGGAGUAUUGCACAAACAUCUAUAAUUCAUAAUAUUGAAAAUUUAACAAAUUGGACUUCAGAUGAUUUUAAUCUAUUAAAAGAAGUUAUUUCAGAAUUUAUUCCAUUAAUUAGAUGGUUAAGUAUAUCUUCAACAGAAUUUAUUCAAUAUGUUAUUCCAUUUAAAAAGAUUCUUCCAGAAAAUUUAAUUGAAGAAAUUACAUGUUAUUAUAAUAAUUCUAAACCUAAAUUAAGUUUACCAAAUUUACCUGCAAGAAAAGAACCACUUGAUUCUAUCCUUAUUAAUCAAAAACAUCUUUCAAUCAUUUCGAAUUGGAUUGAUGAUAAAGUUAGCGAAGAUAUUGAUUGUAUAAUGAUACCUUAUACAUUUAAAUUACUUUUUAGAGCUACAAGAGAUGGAUUUAAUAAUGAAAAAUUUCAUGAAUUAUGUGAUAAUAAAGGUGCAAUAUUUGUAGUUAUUUCUUUACCAAAUUCAUCAAAUUUAAUUGGAGGAUAUAAUCCACUUGAUUGGAAACCAAAAUUUGAUAAAAGACAUGGAAAUAAUUGGUGGAAAACUUCUAAAAGUUUUUUAUUUUCUUUUACAAAAAAUACUUCAAAAGGUGUAAUUAGUCGUAUUUCACGUGUGAAUUCUUUAAAAUCUGAUAAAGCGAUUUUAUAUAAUGAACAAUUCGGUCCUGGUUUUGGUGGUGGUCCAGAUUUAGUUUUAAGUAAUAAUCAAUUAUAUUGUAAAAGUCAUAGUACUUAUCCUGAUUCACAAUCAUUUAUUUCCGCGGGAUUAACUAAGAUGGAAAAUUACGAAGUAUUUCAAAUUAUAAGAAAAAAAUAA